AUGUUACAGGCGUGCAAAAUGGAAGGGUUUCCCCUCGUCCCCCCUCAGCCAUCGGAAGAUCUAGUUCCCUAUGACACGGAUCUCUACCAACGCCAAACGCACGAAUAUUACCCCUAUCUCAGCAGUGAUGGAGAGAGCCACAGCGACCAUUACUGGGACUUCCACCCACACCACAUGCACAGCGAGUUCGAGAGCUUCCCCGAGAACCACUUCACGGAGCUGCAGAGCGUGCAGGCCCCGCAGCUGCAGCAGCUCUACCGCCACAUGGAGCUGGAGCAGAUGCACGUGCUCGACACACCCAUGGCGCCCACCCACGCCAGCCUUGGCCACCAGGUCUCCUACCUGCCCCGGAUGUGCCUCCCGUACCCCUCCCUGUCCCCGGCUCAGCCCAGCUCGGAUGAGGAGGAGGGCGAGCGGCAGAGCCCCCCACUGGAGGUGUCUGAUGGGGAGGCCGACGGCCUGGAGCCAGGGCCUGGCCUCCUGCACGGGGAGACAGGCAGCAAGAAGAAGAUCCGCCUGUACCAGUUCCUGCUGGACCUGCUGCGCAGUGGCGACAUGAAAGACAGCAUCUGGUGGGUGGACAAGGACAAGGGCACCUUCCAGUUCUCGUCCAAGCACAAGGAGGCGCUGGCGCACCGCUGGGGCAUCCAGAAGGGCAACCGCAAGAAGAUGACCUACCAGAAGAUGGCCCGCGCGCUUCGCAACUACGGCAAGACGGGCGAGGUCAAGAAAGUGAAGAAGAAGCUCACCUACCAGUUCAGUGGGGAGGUGCUGGGCCGCGGGGGCCUGGCUGAGCGGCGCCACCCGCCCCACUGA